AUGACUGAUUGUCAUCAAUAUAUUAAUAAUGAUAAACAUUCAGUUAUAAUAGAUGGUAAUUGUAUCAAAGAUGAUUGUAUAGCAUUUAGUAAUAUCAAAGAUAAUCGUACAUCUAAUACAAGUAUAUUUAUUGAUAAUCAACAUAAAAAUGGUCAAAAUUCAAUACAUUUAUGGAAUUCACAUAAAUAUAAUCAUGUAGAUAUAUGGAGACCACGUAAAAAAUGGGAAUUUUGUUUAAUAUUUUCAUUAAUAAUUAUAUUAAUUUUAUUGAUUAUAUUUAUUACAUUAUGGGGUGUUCAAUUGGUAUUUAAUCAAAAUAAACCCUGCCUAGAACCUACAUGUAUUAAAGUUGCUUCAGAAAUUCUUAGCAAUAUGGAUACAAGUGUAUCACCUUGUGAUGAUUUCUUUGCAUAUUCCUGCAAUGGAUGGAUAAAACAAAAUUAUAUACCACAAGGUCAUAAUUCCUGGUCUGUAAUGCGUAAACUAUCCAAAUAUGAUGAGUAUUUCACCAAAGAAUUACUUGAAAAUCGUUCGCAUACAGACACUAGUCGCGGUUUCACUUUGGCACAAAUUUAUUACAAUUCAUGUAUGAAUGAAUCUGUUAUUGAUAGCCGAAAAUUAACACCUCUUUAUAAUUAUAUUAAAAAAAUAUUUAAUGGUUGGUUAUUAUUACCAACUGGGAAUCCAGCAGCUGGGCAACAAAAUGCUGAUCUUUUUCGUCCUGACAAAUUUGAUUUAACAGAUAUGUAUUUACCGAUGUUAAAGUAUUCAGGUGCAACACCAUUAUCCCGUAUUCUAGUUGGACAAGAUCAGAUGAAUUCUUCUCGAUUUGUAAUAGAUCUUGUUGAAGGUUAUCUUAGUUUACAAAGAGAAUAUUAUGUGAACGAUUCGUAUCCAGCUUACUCAAAAAAAACUGGAGCAUUUCGUCGAUUUAUGCGGAAUUAUUCCCUCUUGUUAGGAGUACCAAACUCAUCGUUACAUGAAGUAGAUCAAAUUUAUGAAUUUGAAAAACAAAUUGCAUUGAGAACUGAAGAUCGUAGUGAAAGAGACCCGGAGAAAAACUACGAACUUGUUACUCUACAAAAUUUAUCUACUAUUUGUCCUGUGCUUAAUUGGACGAAAUUAUUCGAUUAUUUAUAUGCACCACUAAACUUCAAACUUCCUCGAGAUCAAGUGAUUGCAUUACACGAUCGUACAUUUUUCAGAGAACGAUGCGCUUUAUUUAAAGAAUAUUUGAAAACAGAGACUGGUAUUCGAACUUUACACAAUGCUGCUGUAUGGAGUUUUAUGUGGAAAACAGUCUCACGAAUGCCAAAAGAAGUUAGCGAAAUGUUGGAAGAAUACAGAGAAGCCGAACUAGGAUUGAAAGUUGAUCCAGAUCGCUGGCAGAUAUGCGUUAAUGAAGUACAAUUUCCAUUCGGGACGGUGAUUGGUAGACAUUUUGUUCACGAAAGAUUUAAUCAAAAAAGUAAAGAAGCAGCUACAGAAAUGAUCACUGAAAUCAAGACUGCUUUUAAAGAGAAUUUCGCUAGUGUCAAAUGGAUGCAAGAAGAUGACAAACUUAAAGCAAUUGAAAAGGUGGAUUCAAUGAAAGCUUCAGUUGGUUAUCCACAAAAUAUUAAUAAUAUAACAAAUGAAAAUAAGGAGUUUUCAUAUUUUGUUGAUUUGAAUGAAUCAACUUAUUUUGAAAAUGCAUUACAUUGUUCUGAAGCAUUAUUUCUUGAAAUUCUACGAGAACUAAUAAUCCAGGAUCCAGAUAGUUGGUCUUUACCAGUUCAUAUUGUAAAUGCAUUUUAUAAAGAAAAUUCAAAUCAUAUAUUUUUUCCUGCUGGUAUACUUCAAAGUCCAUUAUAUAAUCCUGGACAACCAUUAUCAUUAAAUUUUGGUGGAAUUGGUAUGGUUGUUGGACAUGAAAUAACUCAUGCUUUUGAUCAACAUGGUGCUAAAUUUGAUGCUAAAGGAAAUAUGCGUGACUGGUGGAGUGCAGAAACAUUGGCAGCUUUCGAAAAAAAUUCACAAUGUAUGAUUGAUCAGUAUAGUAAUUAUUCAAUUCUUAAUACAAGUCUUAAUGGAAAAAUGACAUUAGGGGAAAACAUCGCUGAUAAUGGAGGUCUUAAAGCAGCCUAUAAAGCAUUUAAGAAGUUGGAGGCAAAAUAUUCUGACAAACCUAUAUUACCUGGUUUAAAUUUCACUCCAGAUCAGUUAUUUUUCAUUGGAUUUGCCCAGUUAUGGUGCAUUAAAAGCCUCCCUCAGUCAGUUCUUAAUACUGUGCUUUUUGAUGUUCAUACAGUGGAGCCAUACAGAGUAAUUGGUACCAUAACAAAUUCAGAAGAAUUUGCCAAAGUUUUCAAUUGUCCUCCAGGAUCUUCAAUGAAUCCUGUAAAGAAAUGUCAUGUAUGGUAA